AUGCGCGGUAACCAACCUACCGUUAUCGUUAGCGACUCGCAGGCCGCCCGCGAUUUGUUCGACAAGAUGGGCACCCAUACAUCGAGUCGUCCGGAUGAGUACCUUACAGCGGAGAUAGCGUCCAACGGCUAUAAUAUUGGCUUCCAGCAGUCUGGCCCGCGCUGGCGUCAGGGCCGAAAGCUCUACCACUCCAUCCUCAAUGUCGGAGCCACCCGCCGGUACCUCCCCUACCAGGAGCUCGAGACGGCAAAGCUUGUCUACGACAUCCUCCAGAACCCAGCCAGCUGGCGACACCAUGUAUUCCGCUACAGCAACUCGAUCGGCUUGCUACUAACCACCGGCCGCCGCGUGCCAAACGCCGACGACCCCAAUAUCCAGGAGAUUCGCGAUAACUUCCACGAGUUUGCUAUGAUCCAGAUUAAUGGUGGUUUGCUUGACUACUUUCCUUUACUCAGGAAACUGCCGGAUUGGCUCUUCCCGUCGGCGCGGCAUGCGCGGCAACAUUGUGUCAAGGAUGCAAAGAUUGCGCUGAAGCAUUACCUCCCCGCCAAAGACUCUUCCAACCCAAGGAGCGUUCUACCAUCUUUCAAUAAGGCCUUGGCGGAAAAGCAAGAGAAAGAAGGGUUUCCUGACAUUCAGGGGGCCAGAUGGGGCUUGGACCUCCUCACAGCCGCUACCGACACGACGUCCAACACUCUUGUAAAUCUCUUUGCGGUCAUGGCCCUCUUCCCCGAAGUCCAACGCAAAGCUCACGAAGAUAGGAUCCCCACGCACGCCGAUUCCACCAGCCUCAGCUACAUCCGGCAGGUCGUCCAGGAGCUCCACCGCUGGUCCAGCGUCACGCCCUUCUGCCUCCCGCACGCGACGACUCGCGAUCUCACCUACGCUUCCUACACCAUCCCGGCCAACACGACCCUCAUCAUCAACGCCUGGCACAUGCACAACGACCCGGCCGUUUACCCUUCCCCGCGCGACUUCAAGCCCGAGCGCUGGGAGGGCCGGCUCAACGCAAACCACAGCCUGGACGAAGAGAGCGUGGGCGCGCGCAACGAGCUCUUCGUGUUUGGCGCCGGCCGCCGCAUCUGCCCCGGCCAGCACCUCGCCGAGAAGAACCUGUUCCUGACCGUUUCGAAGAUCCUGUGGGCGUGCGAAAUCAGCCAGAAAAAGGACGAACGGGGAGUCGACGUCCCGAUCGAUGCGGACGAAUUCGCUCCGGGGGGCGUCAUCUCGCUGGCAGAGUAUGCGGUUGAUAUCAAGCCGCGCAGCGAGGGGAGGAAUGCCGUCAUCAAGGCCGAGUGGGAGGCUGGUCGUGCGGGGUUUCUCGAUGAGGAAGAGCAGUGGAAGAAAGUGCCCGAGGGAGUGGAGGAGCUUAUGGUUAAAGUGAAGCAUUAA